AUGCUUCGAUACCCUGCUACAACCAUCUCUCUAACCAUAGCAGAGGUGAAGGAGUAUGAGCGAGGUCGUCGCACCAACGACCAUCUUGCUCAAGCGUCAGAGAUCCAACAUGAGGUCUUGCCGAAGCACUCCAUUCGUCCUGCCAUUUGUUCAUCACCCGAGCAAAUACGUGAAAUUGGCCGUCGACAUCAUUCCGACAGAAGUAAACGAGAGAAACCGAUUGCUACAAGCUCGGUUGCCAACGACUUAUCGCAGCAAUGUGUGUUGGCCCAUCGACAACGUAUGCCUACAAGAGAUGAUGAAUCAGGCGAACUAGAGGCGCAGAGUUUGUACAGUUCAGCAAGCACGCCCCAAAGAGCAGCCUUGGCCGCUGAUGUUCCUGAUCGAUCGCUCAAUGUCGCCCAGAUGCUUUCCAUGAGACUACCACCACCAUUUUCAAUGGGCAAUAGGGUAGUGUCCGAUGAGCAUGCGACGCCUUCGAUGCGACAAUCGGUAGACAGAUCACCUGGAGAAGGAGCUGGUAGAACAACUCCGGCCACGCCCGCUAGGCUUCCUUCACUUACCGGGCAUGAUGGACCAGCCGCGAGUCCUGCUGUUCAGGCAAGCGGAAUGAGGCCACUUGAAGCAACCGCCAGCUUCGCCAGGAUCAACUGUGUCUCGACAGAUGACGGUCUAACGUUGUCGAGUAGCCCUCAUUCGCCGUGGGAUACUCCUUCAAAACCACCGAGGGUUUGCGAGGAAAGACCGCACGUUGAUCCGCGUCAGUCUUCUAGCAAAAUCAAAGUCUAUAGCGAUGAUGUGCCGGCGUCUUUACAGCCCAGUACGCCGCAGCACUUGCCGGAAGCACGCCAUCAAAGCCGUCUCCGAGGAUCCUACACGGCGCCGGUCGCACGUGCGCAAAGGCGAGCUGGCCAUGAGCCUGGUACCGUUCGACGCCGACAUGCCAGGUCACCUAGGCAGACGGGGCUAGAAACGCCGGGCUUCCGGGGUCUCUAUGGCGGAACAGAGAAUUCGGAUGACCUUGCGCUGUACCAGGAAGCACUUCAUUUGAACGAGGGCGAAGCGGAUCAUGGUACGUAG